AUGUCUCAGAACACUACAACAACAACGUGUGAGCUUCUUCCAGAAGACGUCCUGGAAGACAUCCUGGGUCAUCUACCAGUGAAAUCCUUAACCCGCUUCAGGUGCGUUUCUAAAUCUUGUGACUCCAUCAUCAUUGACCCCACUUUCAUUACCAAACACUUGAAGCUAAACCUUAAUCAAUCCGAAUCAUUAAUAUCCACAAACACUCACAGUGGGUAUUUGCUAUACACUACAGAGGAUAAGAAUAGUUCACCAUCUUCCAAACAAUUGUGUACGGUUGUUUGCAACAACGACCGCACAUUGACCCAGGUUUCUAGGUUUGAAAUGCCCUCUUGUUUUGACGAAUGCUACAUAGUUGGUUGCUGUAAUGGCUUGUUCUGCAUUGCUGACGAUGAUCUUAGUCACAUUAUAUAUCUGUGGAACCCAAGUAUUAGAAUAUUUAAGAAGCUUCUAGCUACUCCCUUUACUGACGAGGACACCACCUCCAUUGUUGGACUUGCUUAUAAUUCUCAAAAUAAUGACUUCAAGAUUCUUAGAAUUGUGUCUUUUUAUUGUAGACAAGAGGCGAAAGCCGAGAUUUACAGCUUGAGUACAGAUUCGUGGAGAAAGGUUGUAAUAUCGAUGGAGUCCUUAAGAGGGUAUGAACCCAACUUUGGAAAAAUUCGUCGGAUUGAUCCACCCUGUAUAUUUUUGAAUGGAGCUUUGCACACUGUAGCAAUCACUAGUAGCCACCGUUUCAUUCUGUCCUUUAACGUCAAUGAUGAGAGCUUCCGUGAGAUAAUGUUGCCUCCUAAUCACUUAGACUUGGAUAGUGUGUAUGUAUGUUGGACUGAACUUGCAGUGUUCAAGGGAUCCCUGGCUGUUUUCAUUUACACUGAUUAUCACUGGGUGUCUUCUGUCACAUAUGGGUUAUGGAGGAGUAUGACUGCCACUGGGCUGGUUUCAAUUGACCCUGAGAGUCGAAAUCAGAACAUUCUUGCAAUUGAAGAUGCUGAUUGGUAUGAUACUUGUGGGUUUGAGAAGUGGGGGACAAUUGGAGAUGAAGCUGCAGAUUUUAGGCUUAGUGCAUUUGGGCAUUUUGAAAAUAGCAAGGCAGAUGGUUUUAAGCACCUGCAAAGCAGAAUAAAUCCUGUUGAUCUAGCUGGUUCAGAGCAACAAAAGUUAAAUGAUGCAGCAGGGCCGCGUUUAAAGCAAACUGGUAAUAUUAGUAGAUCACUUUCAUAG